AUUUUUUUUUUUACUCGUCAGAACAGCUAGGAACUCUCGGAACUGUAGCCCUGUUUCCGAACGAAACGCUUACUUUGCUGCCACUGUACCGGAAGUUACGUUUGUGGAGGUCAAGUCAAAUAAAACAGUCACAAUGGUGAAAAAGAAGCGUUUGAGACUGAUUGCUGAGAUGGCCCGAAAGAUCCGGGCUUAUCAAGAGCUGAAAAAUCGGCCGCGGGAUUCGCAACGCUAUGCCCUGGACUAUGAAACCAUGACACGGCCGCUCACUGGUAAGAGGCUGCCAGUGCUAGCCUGGCAGGACGUGCGGAGGGAGACUCCACUCUUCAGGCUCCUGGCUGGCAUGCGCAUAUUCGGCGUGGGACGGAUCUUUACACGGAAAUCGUGGCUGGAGGAGCACACAGAGCCCUGCUACUGGAAGAUAACUAAAGUGAAAGUAGACUACACAGCAGAGAAUAUGGACCAUGGGAAAGCGUGGGGCAUUUUGACAUUUAAAGGUAAAACAGAAGACUCUGAGAAGGAGAUAGAUAAGGUCAUGUACCACGACUGGCGCUUGGUUCCCAAACAUGAAGAAGAGACCUUUACACGCUUCGAGCCUGUCCCCGAACCCCCCAUCCGACAUGUGUGCUACCCGCCGCUCCUGCGUGCCAUGAUGUUAGCACAGCAAGCCAAGCAGCUCGGCGUCGAUGCCAGCACCCUACCUGAACCCAGCCUACCUCUUAAACGAGACGUGCUGCUCAGCAAAGAGUACUUCCGCAGCCAGGAACAGCAGAAACAGGAGGGAACGCCUGUGUAAGCUGAAUUCAGUGGAGAAAGAUCAAAUCUUUGAGUAACCUUAAUGAAUUCCUCCUGCUUUCUUUUUAUGUAUGGGGUUUAUCUCAAAGUGGAAGCUGUUCUUAUAGUGAUUUAGGACAAGCUUUAGGACAAGCCUGCCCACAUGCUAGCAUUUAACAUGUAUUAUAUCAUAAUGAUAGCCAUAUUUGGGAAAUCAGAAUGGCUGAAAAACAUCUUUUACUGUCAAAGACUAUUCCUUGGAGUCAGGCCACUGAAGGAUGACUCAGAGACAAUUUAAACCUUAGGCUCUUUGUGGUGUUGUAUUUCCUUAAAGAGGAAAGAGUAAUCUCUCUAUGUGAUGUCAAUUACUGUACAUGCUCUGAUAAUAGCAUUUGCAUUAUUUGUAAAUAAAAAUGAGAUACUAAUGACAAAA